GCGUCAUAAUCAAAAUUCAAUUCAUUUACUUACUUUACAAUAAUUAUUUAAUAAUAACCUCUAUUAAACGCUAUUAACGUUUUUCUUUAAGUUCAACGAAAAUAUCUAAAGUUAUAAAAUGCCUGUGCCUGGAGGUAUGUACCAAAGUCAGGGCCCAACAUGUUUUGAUAAAAUGAAAAUGGGUUUUAUGAUUGGAUUUUGUGUUGGAAUGGCAAGCGGCGGCUUAUUUGGUGGAUUUACAGCUUUAAGGUAUGGUGCCAGAGGCAGGGAACUAGUUCACUCAGUUGGAAAAGUUAUGCUUCAAGGUGGAGGUACUUUUGGGACAUUUAUGGCCAUAGGAACUGGCAUUCGUUGUUGAUCUAGGGUUUUCAUAUUCACUUGUAUAUAAUAUUAUAAUGAUGUAGUAGCAUAUUAUCCUUCAUUUUAAAUAAAUUUGUUUGUAAGUUA